UUUGGGAAAAAAAUAUUAAUAAUAGUAAUUUCUCCUGUUUCGGAUAUCUCUUUAUUUGAUGCUCUGUUUUGAGCAUGGCUGGGUUGGAUUUAGGCACUGCGAACCGUUACUUUCAUCAUCAAUUACUGAACCGGCCGGAGUUGCAUCUCCAAACCCAACCGGAUAUUAAUAACAACAACAACGGAGACGAAUCACACUUUCCUCCUACGGUAGAAGAAUCCGGUCAACAACAGGGUUCUGGAGACUCGGUGAUCCGUCGACCGAGGGGUCGGCCGCCCGGUUCAAAGAACAAGGAAAAACCCCCAUUAAUCAUCACUAGAGAGAGCGCAAAUACAUUAAGAGCCCACAUACUCGAGAUCGCCGACGGUCGUGACAUCUUUGACUGCAUCACGUCCUAUUCCCGACGCAGGCAACGCGGGAUCUGCGUUCUAAGUGGUAGUGGAUCGGUCACGAACGUCAAACUCCGGCAACCGUCCACCGCCGGAGGAGCAGGAGGAGGAUCGGUGGUGGCACUAAAUGGUAGGUUUGAGAUCUUAUCACUUUCUGGGUCUUUCUUACCGCCGCCGGCGCCGCCUGGAGCCACCAGUCUUACCGUCUACUUAGCUGUCGGCCAAGGCCAGGUGGUCGGUGGGAAUGUAGUGGGGGAGCUGACGGCGGCUGGACCGGUAAUAUUGAUGACGUCGUCGUUUACUAACGUGGCCUAUGAGAGGCUACCGCUAGAUGAGGAGCAAGAGGCGGCGGCAGAGGCGGCGGCAGUUUCAGGAGGAGGAGGAGGAUCGGUAGUGAACAAUGGUGGGACGACGUCGUUUCCGGGUGACCCAUCGUCCGGGCUUCCGUUCUUCAAUUUACCGAUGAACUAUCAUCCUUCUACUAACAGUCAGAUGCCGCCGGAAGUUGAUCAGGGCAACUGGGCCAGGAAUUCUUCCGGCCGUCGACCAUUUUAAUCAGAGAAAUUUGUUGUUUCAAAUUAUCUCAUUAGUAAUAAAUAAAUUAAUACAUCUUUUACUUAGAGGUCAGGUCAGUGCCCGAU